AUGGCUGAAGAUGAAAUUCUAAGAAUUAAUAGAAAAUUACAAAAAAUGAUCGAUAAAUCUGACGUGGAUGAAAGUAUUGCUCGAGAUUUGCUUGUUCGUUUGCAAGCAUCACGUAUAACACUUAGUACUCUACAAAAAACGGGUAUUGGAAAAACCGUGAAUACUUUACGACGACUAAUUUCUAAUGAAGAUUUGUCAAGUAUUGCUAAAUGUCUUCUAAAAAAUUGGAAAAAGCUUGUAUCCGAAACUUCAUCAAAUAAAGAUGACAGACAAUCAACAUCUAGCAGUAAUAAUAACAGUCAAAGUUCACAAGAAACAAAUGUAGUCAAUGGAAAAAAUACAGAUUCUAGUGAAUCUACUAAACAGAAGUCAUUCGAAAAACGCUCAUCGUCGCAUAAUUAUACUGCAUUACAAACAGAAGAUGAAUUUCGAUUAAAGUCACGUGAACUUUUAGCCACUGCUCUUUCAAGUUCUGAACUUCCUGAAGGAUCUGCUAAUCCAGAAGAAUUAGCUGCUCGUAUUGAAGAUGCUAUUUAUAAAGAACUUAAAGAUACAGGUGUUAAAUAUCGUAGUCGUGUCCGUAGUCGUUUUUCAAAUUUAAAAGAUGCUAAAAAUCCAAAUCUUCGUAUAAACGUUCUUCUCGGUAUAAUUACACCAGAAAGAUUAGCUGUACUCACUGCUGAAGAAAUGGCAAGUGAUGCAUUAAAACAAGAACGAUCAAAAUUAACCGAUUUGGCUAUUAAUGAAUGUCAACUUGCUGUCGAUGAAGGCACUGGUACUGAUCUUAUUCAAUGCAAAAAAUGUAAACAAAAUAAUUGUGCCUAUACAGAAGCUCAAACACGUAGUGCUGAUGAACCUAUGACUUUAUUUAUUCUUUGCAAAAGUUGUGGACAUCAUGUAGAUCAAAAAUUUUGCCUAAAUUUAUUACAGUCACCAUCAUUUAAAUAA